AUGCUUUCUGAUAAUUUAUUCAUCUUGUCGCCAACAACUAAAGACUCGAACCUUCAUCUAACUCAUAAAAUAAUUGAACCACAAAACGAAAAUAAAAGCAACAAAGUAUCACAAGAGAUUGCCUUGAGGAUAAGCGAAAACCCACGAGUCCACGUAGUCAUCGAAACGAUUCGAAAAAUUGUGCUAUUUUUCAAAUCAACGUCAAUCAUUCGAUUUCUCUUUAUCGAUAUUGUGAAUGAGCAAAAUCAUUCUAUUCUUAUUAAUGAUGACUUCAUCGAUCUAGAGAAGAAUCAGCCUACAUUUCUUCAGCCAGCUAAUGUUAACACUUACAACGCGGUAGACGAUGGCAUUUUUGAGGAUUCAAGUGAAUUGGAUGAAAUCUUUCAUUGGGGAUUUCGUCAAUGGUGCACUGUCGCUCUCUUUUAUGGAUCAUAUGUGAUUUUUAUAAUGCAAUUCCUUUUGCCUUCUUAUUCUCUUAAUCCAUUCAAAAUUUAA